AUGUCAAAGCUAUUCACCCCGUUGAAUAUAGGGCCUAUCCAGCUCUCUAACCGACUAGCCCUGGCGCCGCUGACAAGGUACCGCGCAGACGAUGAAUGGACACCGACUCCGAUGAUGGAGGAGUAUUAUGCCCAAAGAGGCUGCGUACCGGGGACUCUGCUCAUCUCUGAGGGAACCCUCAUCUCGUACCGCACCGCUGGGCGUCAUAACGUCCCUGGCAUCUGGAAUGAAGCGCACAUUGCAGGCUGGAAGAAGGUCACAGAUGCCGUGCACGCCAAGGGCUCGUUCAUCUACUGCCAACUCUGGCACCUCGGUCGGGGUGGCAGAGCUGAAGUCCUCGAAUCCCUCGGGCUACAUCUCGAGUCUUCAAGUGCGAUACCCGUAGCCGACGGCGCUGCUACCCCUCUGGAAAUGAGCGAAAGCGACAUACAGCAAGUCAUCGAGGACUAUGCGACCGCCGCGCGCAACGCUCUCGAAGCCGGCUUCGACGGGGUGGAGAUCCACGGCGCCAAUGGGUAUCUCCCAGACCAGUUCCUCCAAGAUACCUGCAAUAAGCGAACCGACGGCUGGGGCGGCAGCAUCGAGAAGCGUGCUCGGUUCCAUAUCGAAGUGACAAAGGCUGUCGUCAAUGCCGUCGGCGCCGAUAGGGUGGCCGUUCGUCUCAGUCCGUACAGUGAUUUUCAGGGCAUGCUCAUGGACGACCCAGACCCGACCUUUGAAUACUUGGUCAAGCAACUGAAGCCUCUAGGGCUUGCGUAUCUCCAUCUCAUUGAAGCUCGGAUCAGCGGUAAUGAUGACAAUUGUGGUGGACAGCGAACGGUGCGCUGGUUAAUUGAGCUCUGGGACAACGCGAGUCCAGUCUUGCUUGCUGGUGGGCUGAAUGCCCAGUCUGCAAAGGCAGCUGUGGACGAAACGUACAAGAAGUACGAUGUUGCUGUUGUCUUUGGGCGGUACUUUAUCUCAAAUCCCGAUCUCGUCUUCCGCAUCAAGGAGGGUAUUGAGCUGGACAAGUACGAGCGGACGUACUUUUAUACCCCAAAGCUGCCAACUGGAUACAUCGACUACCCUUUCUGCCCUCAAUUUCAGUUAAGUGCCAGGAGUUGA